GAAGUUUAUCAUGUCUGCUCCAGUAUCUCCAAACCCUGGAGAGGUUUUGUUGACAGAGAGAAAUGAGGUUUCUGCUUUAAAAGCAGGUCUGCUGAAAGUUAAAUUUCUCAAGGGAUUAUCUGCUAGGCAACACAAGAAGGCAUGUCAUGAAGAGGAAGGCAGUGAUGGAAGGAACUCGGUCAGAAGUGAGGACACCGAUUAUGGCUAUCCACUCGACACGGAUUCAUUUGAUGAUUCAGACGAAGGAGAUUCAGAGGAAGGAAAGGAGGAUGAGAGUGUACGGAAGUCAUUCAGUUAUGAAACACUUGCAUAUGCAAACCAUGCUAGUGGAUCAUUAUACUCAAACACAAGCAGCAGCGAAGACGAGGAUUUAGUCCAUCAUAGCAAUCAUAUUUCAGAUGCAGGGCACGGAUACCCUGCGGAUACAACUGCAGCACUACAAAAUCAAACUGCAGAGCAGAGUUCAAAACGCAGAAUUCUCCCCUGGAAGAAGAGGAAGUUGAGUUUCAGAUCUCCUAAAACCAAGGGAGAGCCGUUGCUGAAGAAACAUUAUGGAGAGGAUGGCGGGGACGAUAUAGACUUUGAUCGCCGACAGCUUUGCUCAUCUGAUGAGUCUUCUUCAGGGUGGUGCAAAUCUGAGGAAGGUUCUGCAAAUCAAUUUUCCGAAUUUGGAGACGACAGUUUUGCUGUGGGUAGUUGGGAGCAGAAAGAGAUAAUAAGCCGGGAUGGACAAAUGGAGCUGCAGACUCAGAUCUUCUUUGCUUCGAUUGAUCAACGAAGUGAACGAGCUGCAGGUGAAAGUGCUUGUACAGCGUUGGUUGCUGUGAUUGCUGAUUGGUUCCACUCGAAUCCUAAAGAUAUGCCGAUCAAGUCCCAACUUGAUUGUCUUAUCCGUGAAGGUUCACUGCAGUGGAGGGAUCUUUGUGAAAAAGAGACCUAUAGGGAACGUUUCCCAGAUAAGCAUUUUGACCUCGAGACAGUCCUCCAAGCUAAAGUGCGUCCACUCUCAGUAGCCUCGGAAAAAUCAUUCGUUGGGUUCUUUCAUCCCGAAGGAACCGAAGAAGAGGAGGGAUUUGACUUCCUUCACAGUGCCAUGUCUUUUGACAACAUUUGGGAUGAGAUUUCUAAAUCUGCUCGAGAAACUCCUUGUCAUGGAGAGUCCUUUGUUUACAUUGUGAGUUGGAAUGACCACUUCUUUAUCCUCAAGGUUGAAAAAGACGCGUACUAUAUCAUUGACACACUUGGCGAGAGGCUUCUUGAGGGUUGUAAUCAGGCUUAUAUCCUCAAAUUCGACAAAGACACGACAAUUUUUCAAGUACCUAGCGAGACUCAACAAUCAGAGGAUAAACCAUAUAGCAAUAAAAAGGAGCAAAGUGAUAUGAAAGAGGCUGCCGAUGAAGGCAAAAUUGUCAUUAGCACCAGUGGCACAGUCAAAAUGCAGGAAGAAUCAACCUUCGUCUGCACGGACAUGGUGCCUGAAAACAAAGAAGAAUCCAGCAUCGUUUGCAGAGGUAAAGAGGCAUGUAAAGAGUACAUUAAGAGUUUUUUGGCGGCAAUCCCUAUUAGGGAGUUACAAGUUGAUGUGAAGAAGGGUUUGAUGGCGUCUACGCCCCUUCAUCAGCGGCUACAAAUUGAGUUGCAUUACACAAUGAGCUUUGACCCUAAGUUUGAGUCAUCUUCAGAAGAACUGACCGCUAACAGUUUGGCCAUACUACCGUCAGCAGCAGAUUUCUCUUUCAAGUUUCAAUGGUGAAUCCACCGUGGGAUUCGCCAUAUUUGGUAUCAGAGCUGACGAUUCUCUGCCCCAAUUCCGCUACCAUGUUCAACCAGGCAGCCGUGGAUGAUUCAUAUUUCUAUGGUUCACCAAAUUCAUAUGGUUAUGAGUAUUACCAUGGAUAUUCACAUUCUUAUUCGUAUCCGGAUCCAUGUGUUUAUCAGGUUGACAACACCAAUCCGGGUUUUUAUUUUGUUGAGAGUUGUAGUUCGAUUAUAAGCACUUAUUUUGAAGCGUUGAAGCUAUUAUGGUUUUCAGAUAAUAUGGUUACUUUCAGUCAGGCCAAGAAACACGAUCAACAGUGGAUUGAAAUCACAGAAAAGGACUGUGAGAUUCAACCUUUCAUAGUUCAUUACACCUUCAUAUUUUAUCUCCUUAGAACUGGUUCUUCGAAAGAAGCUCUCAAGCUUGUUAAGUGUAUGGCAUUUUUCUCCAUUGCUAUUAACGGAUCAAUUAUUGUUUGAGUAGAAUAUCAGAGAGAAAUGAUAGCUACAACUUCUUAUAUUUGUAUGGAGCUCCCUACCACGUGCAGACAAGUCAAUGUUGAUAGUGCCGAAGAGGGUGCUGCUGAAACAAUGCAAUCAGAAGCUUAUUGGAAUGUUUACAAGGUGAUGGGAUGUACUAAUGAAGUGAUUCCAACUCACUUCUUUGAUGUGGAGUCCCCAAGAGUUUUGUGGAGUUCUUGUGUGAACUCAUUAGUGACCACUAAUUCUGCAACUUUAGAGAAAUUUUUGAAGAAUCUGGAGUGCGAAAUAAUAUCCUCCUGUUUGCACAUCUUCAUUCAGCACAUUUACAUUCACGGCUUUAAAAUAAAUGAACCAAGUAUUGUUUUUGAAGCUGGAGGAGGCAUCCUUGCGGGAUCAUGUGAAGACAGUAAUGAUUUCUUUGAGGUGUCUGCUUGAAGUAACCUUGAAGGUGAUACAUUUAAACUAAAGUUCUUGGUGAACUAUAUUGUGUUGAAUUGUUCUUCUGCGAAGUCGAUGAAGUCCAAUAAGUUUGUAAUGUAGGAAUGCGAAAUUAAUUCAUCCAAUGCAGUAACUAUCAAUAGGAUUCUAGACUCACUAUGGUCAUUGUUACUCUCGUUUUACAGUUAUCCUGUGGAGAGUAAGGAAUUCUUUAAAGAUCUAUGGAAGUUUCUUGUGGAUAAAUAAGGUAACAAAAGUUUUGCCAUCUGUUAAUAGAGUGGAUGCGCUGACAUGGAUUAGAGUCUCGUCCCUGAUUACAUCAUUUGUAAAUGUGUACUCAAAUCUCGAAGCUACGGAUAUUGUCCUAACAAUUUGCUAUGAAUUGUCAAAAAGAAAUAUUAGUUGUGGGACAUUCAUGAUAUCAUAUUAUGUCCACAAUGCACAACAAGAAGUUUCCACUGGAAACAAUUUCGUCUCGGUUUCUAGUACAAAUGAUUUGCUUGAAAGAGUUCUAGUUGCUUCUUCUGUUAGCGAUUGUAUGGAGUUGAUUAAAGUGCACAUAUUUGUAAAAACCAGUUAUCAAAUGGUAUCCUGAUAUUGUUUGGUGCAAUUCUUGUUUUUGUGAUGCUAUGAACAUAAGGUAUGCACAUUAUUUUCCACAGAAGUUGCCUCAUAGGUCUUUAGACCAUGAAUUGGGUGAGGACAGAAAUGAGGUUACCAUUGGAGAAUUUAUCAAUCUUGGGGAUGAUAAAGCUUGUGUUGUUACUACAGAGAAAGCAUUAGUUUAUGCUCUAUAUGAGUCCAUUAUUUUUGCGCCACGUCCCAAUAGGCCUGCAAGUCUUCACCAGAGUGAAUUUGGCAAGGAUAUACUUUCAACUGUCAAAGGAAAAGCUGGUAGUAUUAUCCUCUUGAUCUGGAGGAAUGUUGCAGUUUAUUUCACUUACCCUGCGGAUUUGCCCCACAACUUUUGCUUAUCAGCCUUGAGGACAAGGUUUCUAUAAGGGAGAUGGAAUGUAGCGAAUGGUAGGAACGCCCAAGUCUUCGUAUUGCAGUUUAACUUCAAAAUUAUGCUUUAUUUUUAUUAGGACUCUUUAGUUGUUAGUAAUGUCAGAUAGGCCCUUAGUCAUUCUAGGACUUUAUAUUCAUAUAGAAAGAGCAUUGUCAUGGUAUGUUGAAUGAAAAUCUGAAAUUUUAGCUUUUAAUUUC